ACGAAAAGCGCAAAGCGCAAGGCAAGGCGCAAAGUCGCAAAGGUUGAUUGAUGGCUGAUCGGUGAUCCUAGAAAAACGUCGUCAUCGGUCAUAGAUCAAGGUUCCUUUCCGACUUAUCAUAAAAUUAAAUCCAUUGAUUUGUUUAAGCAUUUUAUCAACUUAGGUGUUGGCGGUACGGUGCGUUCUAGUAUUAAAAUUUAAAAAGAAACAUGACCACAUUAUACUCUUUGGCCGACGUUAAAAAACACAAUGAUAAUAAAAGUACAUGGAUAGUAAUACACAACAAUGUUUAUGAUGUGACUCCGUUCUUAAAUGAGCACCCAGGUGGUGAAGAAGUUCUGCUAGAACAGGCUGGUAAAGAAGCUAGCGAGGCAUUCGAAGAUGUCGGCCACUCCAGCGACGCCAGAGAGCUGAUGGUCAAAUACAAAGUAGGGGAGGUCGUCGAAGAAGAACGUACUGCCGUUAAAGCCAAAAAUGUCGACUGGGGAGUAUCGAGUAACAACGAGAGUUCAUCGUCGCAGAAUUCCUUCAAAUCCUGGUUGAUCCCAAUCGCUUUGGGAGUGCUCGCCACCAUCUUGUACCGUGCCUAUUUUCAAUCCUGAGGAAAGUAGAUUUAAUUGAAUUGUCAAAGAACUCCGAUGAAAGCAUUUAUGGUUCUAGGGACUAUUAUUCAUAUAAUAUAGCUUAUUUUCUAUUUGAUAACUAUCAACUUAGAUUUAUUAUCCAAUUGUAGCUAGGACUUUGGUCUUAAAUUUGUUUUAAAAUAAUACAAGUUAAAUAUAAUUAAUUUUACAAUUAAGUGAAAA